AUGGACCUGUCCGAUGAUCGUAAUGUUGAUGAAGAUGAGCAAGUUGUUGCUCUUCUUAUAGAAAUAGGAAGUUUUUCAGUUGAGGAAAAACGUCUAAUGGCUCAACCCCAGGCAUCUCUAGAGAAGGAGGCUGAGGUUAGUCAGCCUGAUGUAGCCAGAUCUGAGGGGGAACCCUCAAAAGAUAAAGAAUCAAAAAAGAGUUCAUCAUCUGAGGGGGAACAAGCCAAGAAUGAUGAAUCUUCAAAACGGCUUCCACUGUCUCAAUGUCUCAUUCCAGGAUCUCCAAAGUCUCAACCAUUUCCUAGUAUCACUACUGCAAAUAUUCAUGAUAAUAUUCUCAACCCUUAUCAUCAUUCAAGAGAUUUUUCUGAUAAGGUUCACAAGACCGCUCCAGCAAAUUCUCAUGAGAUUUCAUCUAAUGAGGGAUCAUCUGCUUCUGAUGGUACAAAGCUUAUGAAGUCCAUGAAAGCAUUGAUGGCAACUCUUCAAAAGAAUAUGGCUGUAAUGGAAUCCAAUAUGGUGAAGAUUAUGAAGACUCAGAAAUCAAACAAGAAGAAAUUUGCUGAUCUUCUUAAGACUCAUAAUGAGAUGGAGCAGACACUGAAAAAGAACACGUAUGAGGUUCAUAUCGUCAACAAGUCAUACACCAAAUUUGAAAAGAAUUUCUUUAAAUGGAAAAGUGAGUUUCUUGAUUGUGAAAGAGAAAACAACGUUGAAAUGCAUAAUGAAGUUAUGGAUGGGAUGAGCCUGCUUCGAGAUGAGUUGGUUCAGGCUGAAGAAGAUGCUAAGGUUGUUGCUGAGAAAGAGAAGAAUCUUAUCACUCAAGGUGAGGACAAUAGAGGAAGAAGAGGUGGUGGUGUUUCAAUAGGCACCAGGUCCAAGCGAAAGUCAACCAGUGAUAAUAGCGAUAGACCAAUCAAAAGAGGCGGAGGUCGCAGCGGCGAUCGUGGUGGUAGAAGUUCUAGAGGCGAUCGUGGUGGCCGAAGUGGUGGAACUGGUCGUGGUGGCCGUUCUUUUCCUCCUUUUCAUAACCUGCUGACUGGUGAAGAGAUGAGCGAUGAAGGAUUCAACUACCCAAUCGACCCACUCAUAAAAAGGGAAGAACAAUAA